UCAACCCCAAAAAUUACAAUAUUAAGAGAACGGAGGAAUAUGGAAGAGUAUCUUAAAUUGUUACGGUCCACCACCACCGAAGGUCUGAAGCACGUAGACCACUGUUGACUUGUGUAGUGGACGAUUAUUCAUAUAAUCUAGAACAUCUUUAUUAAUUCUAACAACUUGUCAACUUCCUUCACACACAAUUCCUUCAAUUCAAUCAUCUUCUUAAUCCGAAUCUACACAUUAAUUCCAAGUUUGUUCACAGCCGAUAUGGGUGAAAAUGCUGCAAAUGGAUUUGAAUCACCUCGGCCGCGGUCUAACCUCUUGAGGGAUCAAGUCCAGUUAGUGAAGAGAAAGGACUCCGAUCGCUAUGAGAUUGUCCCAAUUGACGCCCAUUUAAAAUUUGAGAAGGGAUUUUUUGUUGUGAUCCGUGCUUGUCAGUUGUUAGCCCAGAAUAAUGAAGGAAUAAUAUUAGUUGGAGUUGCUGGUCCUUCAGGUGCAGGGAAGACUGUGUUUACUGAAAAGAUGCUCAACUUUAUGCCUAGUAUUGCUGUUAUAUCAAUGGACAACUAUAAUGACUCCAGCCGAAUCAUUGAUGGGAAUUUUGAUGAUCCACGGUUGACAGAUUACGACACACUGCUUCAAAAUAUACAAGAUCUGAGAGCAGGUCAGCCUAUUGAGGUCCCAAUAUAUGAUUUCAAGUCUAGCUCUCGCACGGGCUACAGAACAGUUGAGGUACCCAGCUCUCGUAUAGUAAUCAUCGAGGGUAUUUAUGCAUUAAGUGAGAAGUUGAGGCCUUUCCUGGAUCUUCGUGUGUCUAUUACUGGCGGAGUACAUUUUGACUUAGUGAAACGUGUUUUACGGGACAUUCAGCGUGCUGGGCAGGAUCCUGAAGAAAUAAUUCAUCAGAUCUCUGAAACAGUGUAUCCUAUGUAUAAGGCGUUUAUUGAGCCUGAUCUUCGAACAGCUCAUAUAAAGAUUGUCAACAAAUUUAAUCCUUUUACUGGCUUUCAGAACCCCACAUAUAUUUUGAAGUCAACAAAGAUUGUGAAGGAUGAGCAAAUCAAAUCAGUGAUGUCAGAGGAACACAAGGAAACUAAGGAGGAAACGUAUGAUAUUUACCUUCUACCACCUGGUGAAGAUCCUGAAGCUUGCCAGUCAUACCUGAGAAUGAGGAACAGGGAUGGAAAAUACAAUCUUAUGUUUGAGGAAUGGGUUACGGACACUCCCUUCAUAAUAUCGCCAAGAAUCAGUUUUGAAGUCAGUGUCCGUCUUCUUGGUGGUUUGAUGGCUUUGGGUUACACUAUUGCAGCUAUCCUGAAAAGAAGAAGCCAUGUUUUCUCUGAUGAUAAGGUUAUUGUGAAAAUUGAUUGGCUAGAACAGCUAAACCGCAAGUACAUCCAGGUUCAAGGAAAAGAUCGUUCAUAUAUUAAGAUUGUAGCAGAGCAGCUGGGUUUGGAUGGUUCAUAUGUCUCACGUACUUACAUUGAACAAAUCCAGCUGGAGAAACUUGUAAAUGAUGUCAUGGCUUUGCCAGAUGAUUUGAAGACAAGGCUCAGCAUAGACGAUGAAGUAGCUUCCAGUCCUAAAGAGGCACUUUCUCGAGCUUCUGCAGACUGGAAGGUCAAAUAUCUGAACGAAUCUAAUAGUCCAUCCCAUCACAAGUCAAGGAAUGUUUCACGUUCAUUUUCAACACACCGAGAGAAGCAUUUGUCCAAAAUGACAAGGCUCAAUGUGGCUGAAAGAAGUUUUAAUGGACAUGUCCCCCAGUCACCCGCUGGCGUUGCAAACCAAGGAGCUGUGACUCAUCUCUCAGAGCAGAUAUCCACGCUGAAUGAGAGAAUGGAUGAGCUAAAAUCUAGUAUUGAAGCACUGAACUCAAAUUUUUCCCUUGGGAAGGUAUCUGCUAGUCAACAAAACUUGGCUCUACAGUCUGAAGCCUGUAAUGGUUCUACACCUCAACUUCUUAUGGCUGGUGGAUUAAGCAAUGGUCCAAUGACUGGUGGACCAUUACCUCAUUCCUCAUCUUCUUCCCAAUUGGCCAAGGAUUCUCAAGUUAUUGAAGAGGUGAUGCUUGUUUCAAGAGGGCAACGCCAAAUUAUGCAUCAGUUAGAUACACUGAGCAGCCUUCUUCACGAGUAUUUUGGAGAGAAAUCCCACCAUGACAGAACAGGCAGCGCAUUUGAUUCUGUAUCAAUUGCCAUCCCUGUUGUCGUGGCUGUAGCUCUUGGAAGUUUAGGAGUUCUUUUGUUUAAAAGCCUUCCCUCUCUAAAGUAGUUUCCUUUGUUCUCCUAUCGUGCAAUUUCAAAUUUAUUAGCUCAAAAAACGGCUGGAUAAAGCUACUGAUAUAUGAUGAAACUACUGUUUAGUUUCUGAGAGUUUGGUCUGUAAUUACACAAAUAUAACUUUUGUACAGGUAUAGAGGAUCCUGCUGUGAUGCCUGUAACGCCCACAGUUUAUGUAAAUAGAAUCAAUUACUUGCAAUAAUUAUAAACACAAAGCAUGAGGAUCAUGGUGGUUAUGUAACUUAUUAUGCGAAGUCAAUUGUAUAUUUUACACCCAGGA